CGGAAGUGGCUCAGAGAAAGAGGCGCGUUUUGUGAGUUAGCAUCACAGUUUGUUUUUAGCCGUUAGCUUCAGCUCCGAACAGGUAAACUUUAAAAACACGUGGACAGGUAAACUUUAAAAACACGUGGACAGGUAAACUGAACCACACGGAACAACAUGAGCACCAAGAAGAAGAGAGCUCCUCACCUGAACAAUGACAGCUGGGUCGUCGUUGCCGCAGACUCUGCCAUCGAUACACAGAAGCCCGACAACGACCCAACUUUUGUGAGACUGCGGAAUCCGUCUACAGAUGCAGCAUCUCUGUACAUGCUGAGUGCUGGUGAUGCACAGCUGUUUGAGGUCAAAGCCUUUGACGAAGAGUUCCACUCCUGGUUUGUUGGUCAGACUGUUCAGAGAGAUGGGAGGCUUCUCUUUGUAACACCGAUGGAUCCUCUCUAUCUCAUUCUGCCCUAUUUGAUUAAAUCUGGCAAAGAGGGGAAGUUCCAGCCUGUGGAUCAGGUCAUCAUGGACGAGGACUUCCCUGCUUGUUCGAGGCUGCUGAGCUGCACACGCUCCCUGUCCUCCCUGCGCCACGUCGCGGAGGAAAAAGAGGUGGCAAACAUGAAGUUCCAUCGAUACAGCGAAGAGAAGACGAUGAUUUGGUUGGAGAAGAAGGUGGAGAGGACCGUCACUGCGCUCAAGAAGAGAAAUAUCUACGUUGGAGAGGGAGUCAAAUCCACGACAUACGUCAGAGUGAAGUCAGAAUCAGACCACCAGGAGGAGGACUACCUGCGCUACGCCCACGGCCUCAUAUCAGAGUACAUCAGUGAAGAAUUGAGCAAAGCCCUCCUCAAACACUUGCAGUUACCAGAACUCACGAGCCCAAAGGAGGCAGAACCUCCUUCCAAGAAGCGGAAACUCUCAGACAAACCGGUGGAGGCCGGAGAGGACUACACCAAAUUCAACAGUGCAGACUUUGCACGCAAACCGGCAAAGAAGAUGAGCGCCGCCCAGAAAAGUCUGGCAAAGGUGGACAAGACGGGCAUGAAGACGAUGUCGUCCUUCUUCAGCCCCAAGGUCAAAACAGAGAAGAAGUGAACGUUGUAUAGUUUCUGCUUUUGUAAUAAAAAGAAUGAAAAAGGAAGAGAA